AUGAGUGACGAUUUCAAGGACUUGCAGCCAGAGAGUGUUCCGGGUUUUAAAGUCGGCGAAAAAAAGACAAUUCAAGAAUAUGCCAACUUGGACGCAAACGACGAAUCAUUAAAUAAAUGGAAGAAAAGCCUGGGUUUGAAUACCGGCAAAGAGCUAGACAUUCUUCCAGGUGACCAACGUAAGGUUGUUAUCAUUUCAAUGACAUUACAGAUUAAAGGUGAAGAACCUGUGGUUAUAAAUCUCGAGAAUGAGAGGGAUUAUUCAUCAUUAAAGAAUAAGAAAAUCAGUUUUCAAAUUAAGGAAAAAAGCUUAUACAAAUUGAUCAUCAAGUUUAAGGUUCAACAUGAGAUUAUUACGGGUUUAAAAUAUUUGCAAGGUGUCAAGAAAACAGGUAUUACUGUUGACAAGCUUGAGGAGCCAAUGGGCAGUUAUGCGCCAAAUACUGUUGACACGCCAUUUUAUGAGAAGGAAUUUGAGGAAGUUGAAGCACCAAGCGGAUUUCUAGCUAGAGGCUCCUACUCUGCAGUCUCUAAAUUUAUUGACGAUGACAAAACUGAACAUUUGGUUCUGCCAUGGUCUUUUCAGAUAACCAAAUAA